AUGCACAUUUGUCAUUGUGCAUGCAUCUGCGGGAAUAUUGACGUACUCCAGUAUCCCUGUCCUACCUGCACCCACCCCCACGUCCCUGUGGAGCUGGAGCUUUGUGUCCUGAGCAGAGCAGAUGGACAGUGCACCCUGGCCGCUGUAAAGCUCACAGGGCUUGGCCGGGCACCCUGCUCCCCCAGGACCAGCGGUGGAGGAGGAUGGAGGUGUGGAGAGGGGGUGGAAGAGAAGAGGGGAGGCUCCAAGAUCCAAGCCAGGCCUCAGGGGAGCUCCGGGGGCCUGCUGUCUGACGCGGGACAAUGA